UUUACAGGAAGGGACCCUGGCAAUAGUGACUCCACUCCCCCAGUGGGGUCAAAGGCUAAAAUCCCUGAUGGAGGGUCUGGGAGAGUUCCCGUGGCGACCCUGGUGUGUCUCUGUGUUCUACUGCUCGGCUUGGCUAUCACUCUGGCAGUCCUCUAUGCUUCCAACAUGACUAGUCUUCAAGCUGAGGGGGCUCGCUUUGCCCAGAUGAAAGGGAAUCUAACAGGGAAACUGCAUGAACUGCAAGACAGCUAUAAGAGACUACAGAAUGAGACCCACAUCAUAACAGUCCAGGAAGAGAUGUUCUCCUCAGGUCUUCGAGACUGUGAGGCCAACCUGACUAGGGUCAAAGAUCUCCUGGCAACCAUCCAAGUUCAGUUCAAUCAUUCCCGGAAUCAGAAGGAAUGUAAUGCUGAUACAAAAUCAUGUUCACCUGGCUGGGAGUUCUAUAAUGGAUCAUGCUACUACUUCUCUAUAGGCAAACUGACCUGGGAACAGAGUCAGCAUGCCUGCAUCCGUGACGGAGGACACCUGGUCAUUGUAGAGAGUCAGCAGGAGCAGGAGUUUAUAAUCAAAAGAUUUGUGAGAAGCACUGAUUUUGAUAACAGCCCCUGGAUUGGACUGACAGACAAGAAGCAAGAGGGAGUGUGGGUCUGGAUGGACAAUACAACUCUUGAUGACAGCAUCAAGUUCUGGGACCCAAACACUGAAACAUUUUCAAGCCGUCCAGAACCAAAUAACUGGGCGCCAGGUGAAGACUGUGCCCGAAUGGGUCAAAUAUGUUCCAGUCGGAUCAAAUGUUGGUUUGACUUUUCAUGUGACCAACCAUGUCGGAGAAUCUGUGAGAGUCGUGCAGCCUGUGAGAGACCUGCAGCCACUUCAUAGUGCUGCCAAAUUGAAUGUAUUGAAUUAGUAACCAGCACAAGGUACUGCAUUGUAGGGCAGUAUAAAGGACCAGUUUCCCAGACACAGAUUAAACCUAGUCCUGGACUAAGAAGCAUAUUCAAGAGAGAUUCUCCAUUCAAAGUGUUUCUUAGUCCAGGACUAGGGAUUAAUAUGUGUCCAGGAAACCGAUCUGUAAUGUCUAAUUUGGAUUCAUGGAGAGUACUAGCCAUACAAUGAAUAUACCAAGCACUGGAGUUGCACCCCCACCCUCCCUUUUGCCCUCAGAACAGCCUCAAUUCAUCAGGGUGUGGACUCUACAAGGUGUCGAAAGCGUUCCACAGGGAUGUUGGCCCAUGUUGACUACAAAGCUUCCCAAAGUUGUGUCAAGUUGGCUGGAUGUCCUUUGGGUGGUGGACCAUUGUCAACACAAACAAUACAAAAAACAGCAGCGUUGCAUUUCCUGACACAAUCCAGUGUGCUUGGCACGUACUACCAUAACCUGUUAAAAGACACUUAAAACUUGUCUUGCCCAUUCAUCCUCUGAAUGGCACACAUAAACAAUCCAUGUCUCAAUUGUCUCAAGGCUUAAAAUCGAAGUGACAUCAAAAAGAAAUCAUGGAGUUGCAAAGAAAAAAAAACAUAUCUCAGACUGGCCAAUUAAAAAUAAAAGAUUAAAAAACACAGACACUGGACAGAGGAACUCUGCCUAGAAGGCCUGCAUCCCGGAGUUGCCUCUUCACUUUUGACGUUGACUGGUGUUUCGCGCAUACUAUUUAAAAGUUCUUAAGGAUUUUAAGGCUAUUCCAUGCGAAAAAUUGCCAAGAAACUGAAGAUCUCGUACAACGCAGAACAGUGCAAACUGGCCCUAACCAGAAUAGAAAGCGGAGUGAGAGACUCCAGUGCACAACUGAGAAAGAGGACAAGUACAUUAAUGUCUAGUUUGAGAAACAGACGCUUCACAAGUCCUGAACUCGCCUACCAUUAAGUGCUAAGUUAUUCAGUUAUAUUCAGAUAUUCAGGAGUAACAUUAAAACAGAGUAAUAUGCCCCACCAACAUUAAACAAUUAUACAGAAAACACUCAAAUUGCUGAAUCCAGUAAAUGAAAUCAAUGAUGACCGAAUAGUCAGAUUAACUGAUAACUAAACUAGAAGUGCAGAUGUCAUUAUUUUGCAAAGUGUGUAGAUAUAUAGGUAAUUCAUCUGUGGGGGACAUCUGAGAAUGCGACUGUACAGACUUGUUAGUGCAGCAGAAAGAUCAGCGUACCCCAAAUGUAGAGGUUGUGAGUUUCAAAUCCCAGGUGGGGUCAUAUUGAAGUGAUCAUGUCAAAUGUACAGCAUGUCACUCACCUUAAAACUCAUACACCAUCUAAUUACAUACUUUGCAAAAAAGACUCAUGUGAAAUGUGCGAUUUCACAUGAAAAUCACAUUUUCACAUGUGAAAUAGCUGUUUUCACAUGUUAAGCUGACAUUUUCACAUCUUGAAACCAUAUGUUCACAUGUAAUAACUUAUUAAAUGCACGUUAACACUACCUUUUCACAAAAAUCACGGUUCCACCUCACGUGAAAAUAGAAUUGCAUUUUCACACUUGAAAAAAAAAUCACAUUUGAAAAUCAAAAUAUGCUGUUUUAGUUGUGAAAAUGUUUUCACAUGUAGUUUCAUGGUAUCACAUUGAAAUGUUGUAUCCCCAUGUUGUCACAUUUAUUUCACAAGAUCAUGUUUUCACGUGCUAAAAUAGUUUCACAUGUGUAGUUUAAUGUUAUCACAUGUCGCUUUUACAUGUCGUCACAUGCCAGCAGCAAACCACCCUUAAUCCCACUGUGCUGGCUUGCCUCUGAAGCUGAGCAGGGUCGGGCCUGGUCUGUCUCUGGAUGGGAGACUGCUGGAAUUGAUGUUGGAGGGUCAGUAGGGGCCACUCUGGUCAAAGGAGAUACCAGAGCAGUCUAGGUGACAUUACCCUGCUUUGGGUGCUGUCUUAUUGAUAGGAAGUUAAAUGGUUGUCCUGACUCUCUGUGGUUAUUAAAAAUCCCAUGUCACUUAUUAUAAGACUAGGGAUGUUAACCCUGGUGUCAUGGCAACAUUCCCAACCUGGCCCCCUUCCAUCACAUCCACCUAAUCAUCCCCCUCAUUACUAGUUGGCAUAAUACAGUGUCUUCAGAAAGUAUUCACACCCCUUGACUUUUCCACAUGUUGUUGUGUUACAGCCUGAAUUUCAAUUUGAUUACAUUGAGAUGCUUUGUCACUUUGUCACUGGCCUAAACACAAUACCCCAUAAUGUAAAAUGGAAUUAUGUUUUUCAAAAUGUUUACAAAUUAAUAUAAAAUGGAAAGCAGACAUUUCUUGAGUCAACCCCUUUGUUAUGGCAAGCUUAAUAAGUUCAGGAGUGAAUUGUGUUUAACAAGUCACGUAAUAAAUUGCAUGGACUCACUCUGUGUGCAAUGAUAGUUUUUAACAUGAUUUGUGAAUGACUACCUCAUCUCUGUACCCCGAUAAACAAUUAUCUCCAAGGUCCCUCAAUUGGGAAGUGAAUUUCAAACACAGAUUCCACCCGAAAGACCAGGUUUCCAAUGCAUCUUAAAGAGGGGCACCCAUUGGUAGGCAAAAUAAAAAGAAACAGACUUGAGUAUCUGUUUGAGCUUGGUGAAGUUGGUAACUACACCUUGUCACUAGAAUGAUUCAGGUGUCUGUCACGACUCCUACCGAAGGUGCUUGGCUGUCCUCAUCACCGGUCUACUCGCUGCCACCGAUCCCUUUUCUGUUGGUUUUGUCUAAUUAGUUACACCUGUUUCUUGUUUACAUUUAGUUGGGCUAUUUAAGCUGGUCUGCCCGCCUGCUCUUUGUGCGGGCUUAUUUUUCCCACUGUGUUUGUGUGUGGUAGUGUAUUGGUAGCGUGUUUCGUUUUGGGGUUUUACCUCUGGACUUGUUAGGUCCUGGUUUUGGGUAUCGUGUUUGUUGCGCCCUGGCGCGCACGAUUUUCCCCAUGCCUAAACAAAGCACUACUCAGUACUUUCUGCAUCCUGCACCUGACUCCGCACCCACUACGUUUAUGUGUGUCACAGUGUCCUUCCUCACUAACUGCCAGAGAGGAAGGAAACUUCUCAGGGAUUUCACCAUGAGGCCAAUGGAGACUUUUUAAAACAGUUGGCGUUAAAUGGCUGUGAUAGGAGAAAACUGAGGAUCGAUCAACAACAUUGUAGUUACUCCACAAUACUAACCUAAUUGACAGAGUGAAAAGAAGGAAGCUUGUACAGAAUACAAAUAUUCCAAAACAUGCAUCCUGUUUGCAGCAACGCACUGAAGUAUCGCAAAGCAAUACACUUUUUGUAUUGAAUACAGAGUGUUAUGGUUGAAGCAAAUAUAAUACAGUAUGUUAAUAAUGAGUACCACUCUUCAUAUUUUCAGGUGGUGACAGCAUCAUGUUAUGGGUAUGCUUGCAAUCGAGGACUGGGGAUUUUUUCAGGAUAAAAAAAACAGAGCUAAGCACAGACAAAAUCCUAGAGAAAACCUGGUUGUCUGCUUUCCACCAGACACUGGGAGAUAAAUUCACCUUCCAGCAGGACAAUAACCUAAAACACAAUGCCACAUCUACAAUGGAGUUGCUUACCACGAAGAUAGUCAAUGUUCUUGAGUGGCAGAUAUACAGUUUUGACUUAACUCUACUGAAAAUAAAUGGUAAGACCUGAAAAUGGUUGUCAAGCAAUGAUCAACAACCAAUUUGACAGAGCUUGAAUCAUUUGAAAAAUAAUAAUGGGCAAAUAUUGCACAGUCCAGGUGUGGAAAGCUCUUAGAGACUUACCCAGAAAAACUCACAGCUGUUAUCGCUAUCAAAGUUGAUUCUAUAAAGUAGUGACUCAGGGGUGUGAAUGCUUUUAAUGUUCAAUACAUUUGCAAACAUUUCUAAAAUCGUUUUCACUUUGUCAUUAUGGGUAUUGUGUGUAGAUGGGUGAGAAAAAUACAUAUUUUAAUACAUCUUGAAUUCAGGCUGUAAACACAACAAAAUGUGAAAUUAGUCAACAGGUAUGAAUACUUUCUGAAGGCACUCUCUCCUCACCUCUCCACCUAAUAGUUGAUGUGUGGUGAGAGUUCUGACACACAAAUGGUUGUCUUGCAUCAUCCAGGUGGGUGCAACACAUUGCUGGUGGAAGAGGUGAGUUUCCCCUACUAUGUAAAGCACUUUGAGUACCUCAGUUGGUUAAAAAGCGCUAAAUAAACACAAAACAUAACACAAAAUAUACUGUUAUACUGUUAUUAUGUUAACAAUGUCAGUGUAAACAAACAAUGUACAUGAAUGAAUUUCCCUAGCAACAUUCCUCAGCUGUAUACCACAACAAGUGGCAGGGUGGCCGUUUUGUGGUAGUGUCAAUUACAGACUGCAGCUUUAAAUGGUCCCUGAUUUACCAUGUCCUGCAAUCCCACUUUAGUACCAUUUACUAAUAAUCAUAUGCCCUGUUUAAUCAAUUAAGGAUAAAACAAACGAUCUAAAGCAUUUAAACUUUCAGAAUUUAUAUUAUUGUCUUAUUCCUUUUUUCCAUCAAAGGUGUAGUAAAUCAGGUAAUUAGUGUUCAUACACAAACACACUCACUCAGUACUUACAGAGUAACACACAGAGCAAGGUGGACUCCAUUCUGUCCUGACGAUGAUCUCUGAACUACAGUUCUUCUGACAAAUCCCUCUACUUUACUACGGGAAUAAAUAUCACUGAUUUACAAAAAUAUUGGAACAAAGUUGUCUAAUGAAGCCAAACAAUUUAACGGAAACCCCGAGGGUUUAAAUGAGAUUUUUCUCUGAAUAGAAACACCAUAAUAUUAAUCAAAUCAAAUCAAAUUUAUUCAUAUAGCACUUCGUACAUCAGCUGAUAUCUCAAAGUGCUGUACAGAAACCCAGCCUAAAACCCCAAACAGCAAGCAAUGCAGGUGUAGAAGCACGGUGGCUAGGAAAAACUCCCUAGAAAGGCCAAAACCUAGGAAGAAACCUAGAGAGGAACCAGGCUAUGUGGGGUGGCCAGUCCUCUUCUGGCUGUGCCGGGUGAAGAUUAUAACAGAACAUGGCCAAGAUGUUCAAAUGUUCAUAAAUGACCAGCAUGGUCGAAUAAUAGUAAGGCAGAACAGUUGAAACUGGAGCAGCAGCAUGGCCAGGUGGACUGGGGACGGCAAGGAGUCAUCAUGUCAGGUAGUCCUGGGACAUGGUCCUAGGUCCUAGGGCUCAAUCAAAUUAAUUAAGCCACAUUUCUUAAAAUCAAUCCCAUUUACUAUGUUAUUACAAAUAAGGUUUUAAAUUCUCCGGUAAUGCCAAUAUGGAAUACUAUCAAAUGCUUCUCAAAGAUGCCCUCUGGUGGUCAAACUAGUGUAACCGGUGUGAAAUUGCUAGCCAGUUAGUGGGGUGCGCGCUAAUAGUGCUUCAAUCAGUGAUGUCACUCGCUCUGAGACCUUGAACUAGUUGUUUCUUUUGUGGAGAGAUGGGUAACGAUGCUUCGUUGGAGGCAGUUGUUGAUGUGUGCAGAGCGUCCCUGGUUCAAGCCCAGCGAGGAGAGGGAAGGAAGCUACACUGUUACUUUAGCAUUAAUUAACAGAUAAAAUGGCUGACAAAUAGUCAACGUUCCACAGAAUGCUGCAGCAACCCGCAAGGUGUGCCGCAGUAUGACACAACCUUUAAAGGAGGAACCACUAUAUCCAUCUCUGGCUAUACCAGACAAAGCCAUGGCAAAUUGGGUUUCCAGAACUGCAGCCACAUUUGAGCUAUUUUCCACAGGUCAAACGCUUUUGCUUUUAGCCAUAAUUGACUGCCAAAUCUCUGUAGUUCCUCCACAUAAGCAGCUGGAAGUGGCAGAUACGUUUUAUAGUUAUAUUUGUAAACAUGAAUUGUCUGCGUAUUAAUAAUUAGACAUACAGUAUGUAUAAAAGAAGAAACAUUAUUACAUAGUCGGUAGGUUGUUGCUUGAUUGAUUUAUUCAUUGAAUGAUUGGUUUAUGUAUUUACUUAUUGAUUGGUCAAUUUGAUUGAUUGGAUGGGUUUCCCAUUUUCAAUUCAGCUGUUUUGUUUACACAUUUCCAGCAUGUGCAGUGCUACUGUAUUCAUCUGCAUGUUUUCACAUUCAUUUACAGAAAAUAAGACAGUAUGCAAAACGCUCUACCGCUAAAGGGGAAAUCUGCUGUUGAAAUAAUAAUAAUGUGGGCACCCUGCCGCCAUUUUGUUUUUUACAAUUGCAAUGUUUACAAACAAUGGAGUUAAACAAGCAUAUGUUGUAUUCUACAUGAAUCAAUAGUUAUAUACCACUCAUUUAAAAGUAUGUAGCAAUCGCAAAUUGCCACUUCAAAUAUGGAUGAAAUUAGACCAAAACAAAAUAAACAUUAAA